AUGAUUCCCAAUACCAGAUUUAAACUUGAACCUGUACCAAAAAAAGAAUACGGAGAAUUUUACAUCGGCGAUGCUUACGUGUGUAUGAAUACAAAAUAUCAGCAGUGGGAUAUUCACUUUUGGAUAGGAGAGGGUGCAACGCCAGAUGAAAUUGGCGCAGCCGCCAUCACCGCAGUACAAAUUGAUCAAGCCUUGGGGGGUUUUCCGGUGCAGCACAGAGAAGUGCAAAACCAUGAAUCGUCACUGUAUAUCAUGGGAGGAUAUGAAUCUGGAUAUCAUCAUGUGGAAGGUUUGUUCAACAAUUUCAAACCUCAUCUGUAUCACUGCAAGGGAAAAAGGAAUGUUCGAUGUACUGAGGUUGAGUUCAAAAAGCAAUCUCUGAACCUUGGCGAUGUUUUCCUGCUGGAUCUCGGGAAAGAUAUCUACGUCUGGAUGCCACCUAAAAGUGGAAGACUGGAACGGAUCAAGGGAAUGGCCCGAGCCAGAAAUAUCGCUUUUGAUGAAAGAAGCGGAGCGUCUUCGGUGCACGUUCUUGGUAUAAAUAAUUACAAUCCUUCUAUAAUAUUACAUUUAGAUUCCGACUGGAACACGGACGAAGAUUUUUGGUCACAUUUCGGAGGACUUGGUGCUGUGAAAUCAAUCGCUGUCGCUAAGGAUGAUGAUGAGAAUUACUGGAAGAGGACCACGGAACAAAUGACUCUGUGGCGAGUUUCGGAUGCUUCUGGAACACUGAAGCUGACGAAGGUCGCUCAAGGAGAACUCAAGCGAAAUAUGCUUGAUACGCAGGACGCGUUCAUCCUUGAUGCCGUUAACGGCGGCAUCUAUAUUUGGGUUGGUAAGGGCUGCACCAUGAAUGAGCGAUCAAAAGCGAUGAUUUAUGGAGAGCAAAACUUCCGCCAUGGACUCAGGUCACGAGAGUACUUGAAUCAGCCGAGCCUUCCUCUUUUACGCAAUGGCAAGUUUGGAGAAUGGGAAGACGCCAAAAAGAAGAAGGUGUUUGAGCCGCGACUCUUCCAAGUUUCAGAUGAGAGCGGAAAGAUGAAAGUCGAAGAAAUUGCCAACUUCAAUCAGGAAAGCUUGGAUGGCGACGACGUUAUGAUCCUAGAUGCACUGAACACCAUUUAUGUUUGGGUCGGUCUAGGAGCCAAUCAAGAAGAGAAGAAGGGAGCUCUCAACACAGCGAAGAAAUAUCUGGAACAAGGGAAGUUGCCGCGUCAUAAGCAAACCAUUAUUGAAACGAUCUAUCAAGGCAAGGAAACACCUACUUUCAAGAAAUUUUUCAAAUCAUGGAAUGAUGAACUAUUCCAAGGAAAUGAGCGUUCGGUUGAAAAUGUGAGGAAGCUUCUUUUCAAUUAA